UCAUAUUUUAUUUUGCUAUUCAUCUUGUUGCUCGAAAUACAAGUUGCAUUAAUUGGUCCGCCAUUCUUUCCAAGUUGCGAUACGAUAUUGAUUUUCAUUCAUUCCAUAUUUGUACGUUUGUAAAAUCGAAAAUUCACCUUUGAAAUUCAACAAGUGCUCCUCGAGCUUGAAGCGAUAGAGAGAAAGAGAGAGAGAAAGCGCUAACGAGCAAGUGAAACAACCAACAUCCAACCUUCGUUGCGUGCAUGACGCGACUGAUCCGUCAGAUAGCGCGGGGGUACAGGGAUACGUCGGGAGUGGGGAGGGUGAGUCGUAAGGGUUCGCUGUAGAGGCGGUGGGGAACCGUGGAUUGGUGAGUCGUCUCUUCGGGUGAUCCCGGCCGGAGUCGGCUGCGUUCGGCAUUCUGGUUUCUCCCGCGGCCGCCUAAGCGGUGUCGCAGCGUGUGCGCAAAACCGGCUGCGCAGCAGGCGUGUGCGUUGUCCAGAUUCUUUGUGCCAUUCCUGGCAUACCAAAAACAAGAGUGGUGAACGCUUUCGUAUUUACCCGGGUGCAGUCCUGCGCGUUAAUAUAACACCGUGUGACCUAUCGCUCGUGAAAAUAAGGGCCGUCCUCGCGCUUACGCGCGUGCCGCCACGUCACACAGCUCGCCCAGUGGUAAGUACACGAUACAAAAUAGUGCUGAAACGCGGUUCGCGAGAGCGCGUCCACGCCCGUGUGUCCUGACGGUGGCGUCGUCUCGCAGCGGAGCCGCGCAAGGAACGAGCCCGAUCGCAGCGACGACGGCGAUAUUACCCACGGAGAGAAAAGUCACGGACAGACGGACGGACGAAAGAGAGCGAAACAGAGGGAGUGCGAGGUGCGAGACAUGUGUGCGAAAGAGAGAAAGAGAUCGGGACGUAGUGUGUUGUAUUCCGCGUAUUGUACACCGAGUGGCUCGGCAAGCGAGUGAACGAGCGAGCGAGCGAACGCUCGAUGCUGUUAUUAUCCGUCUCGCGACCAAUACUCUCGUACGUUCAGCUCGCUUGUCACACUUGUGCGGUACUUCCGCUGACCGGGCGUCCGUCCGUCGUUGCCGGUACCCGCGUUUAUCAGUUUUACUGCUACGAUAUGAAAUAAAACGAGGGUGAAGAUAGAAAGAGAGAGAGCUAGUUGUAUGAUGGUGAGACAGGAAGGGUGAAAGCUUCCGAGCGCGACUUGCUUUCACGGGACUACAAACCGGAUAUAACGCAACGAGAACAGUGCGAGGGACGGUGCAAGCGAGGUUACGCUGCUGCCGUAUCGCCGACACGAGUCCACCGGGUGUUGAUCAGUGCAUCAUCGUCGUCGUGCGAGCUUUGCGAUAGGACGUGCGAGUACGUUCCUGGUCGUUUCGUUGCACGUGUAGCACGUCGCUAAACGCGCUUCGAUAAUCUCGGAGGAAGCAACCUUCGCCACCUUCGCCAGCGCGGCUUGGAUGGAUACUGUGCAUUAUUUCUGGAGUGCACCCACGUCGCCGUCAUCCUGACCUGCCCGAGAAAUCCUCAUGAAAGACUGGGAACUCAGUACUCAGAAUAGCAUCGGCAGUGCGGUGGCUGCAGCCGACACCAUUUCCACUCCGUGGACCCCCGCGAGUUCCGGGCCGCCGCCCGAUGCCAACGGCUCCGGCUCGGAUACGAAGAACCUCGACGUUGGCGACAUUAGCGAUGACGAGAAGGACCUUUCGGCAGCGGACGCGGAGGGUGUGUGGUCGCCGGAUAUCGAACAGAGCUUUCAAGAAGCUCUUACCAUAUAUCCGCCAUGCGGUCGACGCAAAAUCAUCCUUUCCGACGAAGGGAAGAUGUACGGUCGGAACGAGCUGAUCGCCCGUUAUAUCAAAUUGAGGACCGGUAAGACGAGAACGCGAAAGCAAGUCUCGUCGCAUAUACAAGUUCUCGCGAGAAGAAAACUUCGGGAGAUACAGGCAAAACUCAAAGUGGAUCAUGCCGCCAAGGAGAAGGCGCUCCAGACUAUGUCGAGCAUGUCGAGCGCCCAGAUAGUAUCAGCUGGAAGUGCGAUACACAACAAGAUGCCCCCCGCCCUCGUGGGGCCCCUUGCCCUUCAUGCUUCCCCCCCGGUCUCCUAUCCCGGAGCGCAAUUUUGGCAGCCAGGCCUGCAACCGGGAACGUCCCAAGAUGUGAAACCGUUCCCUCAGCCUGCCUACACUGGGAAACCGGCGACAGCGGUCUCGAGCGGGGACAUAGUCCAGGCGCAGCCUCCGCCACCAUGGGAAGGACGCGCCAUCGCGACCCACAAGCUCAGGCUCGUCGAGUUCUCGGCCUACAUGGAGCAGCAAAGAGAUCAGGACAAUUACCAAAAACACUUGUUCGUCCAUAUAGGAGGUUCCGCAACUUAUGCGGACCCUCUACUGGAAGCGGUCGACGUCAGGCAGAUAUACGACAAAUUCCCGGAAAAGAAGGGCGGUCUCAAAGAAUUGUACGACAAGGGACCGCAAGCAGCUUUCUUCCUUGUUAAGUUCUGGGCUGAUCUCAAUACCAACAUCCAAGAUGAAGCUGGAGCUUUCUACGGCGUCACGAGCCAGUAUGAGAGCAACGAGAACAUGACGAUAACGUGUUCGACGAAAGUGUGCUCCUUCGGAAAGCAAGUGGUGGAGAAGGUGGAGACGGAGUACGCCAGGUUCGAAAAUGGCAGGUUCGUUUACCGCAUCAGCCGUUCGCCCAUGUGCGAGUACAUGAUCAAUUUCAUCCACAAACUGAAGCACCUGCCAGAGAAGUACAUGAUGAACAGCGUUCUCGAGAACUUCACCAUCCUCCAGGUUGUCACGAACAGGGAUACGCAGGAGACAUUAUUGUGCACGGCAUAUGUGUUCGAGGUAUCGACAUCCGAACACGGUGCUCAGCAUCACAUAUACAGAUUGGUCCAAGACUAGCCUGCUUGAACCUGCUCGCCAUGCAACCAUCCACCCCCAUCAGUGCCUACCAUCUCAAAAAUCAUCCGUACACGUAUUACACAUAUACAUGGGAUUACAUUACAAAGCAAACACACACACACACACACACACAGACGCGUCUGUGUGUAACAUGCGUGCGUGAUAAGAUAUAUACAGACACGUGCGUCGCAUAAGAUAUAUACAGAAGAGUAAACAACGCUUACACUUAUACAGAAAUAUUUUCGCGUCCAUAGUUAGGUGAGUUUCGAUGGAAAAUAUUCGAUCGACGAUGUUGAGAUUACGCUAUUAAAGAAUGUAAAUAUCGGGUAAAUAAUGAAUGUUGUAAAUCUUCGAUCCAACGAGACGAGAAAUUCAAAGUAUUGUAUAAUAAAUAUCAUAAAUGCUUCAACAGGUCUGAUUUUUAUUAUCUCGAGCAUAUUUCUGUGACACCGUAAGAUAAAUUUGCGUGAAACGCGAACGUUUUCCGUGAAACUCCUUAAACAGGACUUUACACACAUGCGUACACAUACGAUCAAGUACUGGCCCGCCCGAGCCUGAGUUUGAUUCAAAGUUUAUACUUUUAAUAAUUUAUUUCUGUAACAAGUUUUGACCUACUAUAGAGAAAAUUCUUGCACGUGCGCUGAGCGACGUUCUUAAGAUAUCGCGUGCACGCAAUUGUAAAUUUUAUAGUAAAAUAGAUGUAAUCACAUAUAUAUAUAUAUAUAUUUUAUGAUCGUAAUUAUUAUCCACUUAAUCGGCGAGCUCGUCGAGAUUUUAACAAGGAAGAUACAAUAAAUUAAGUUAAAAUUGACAAUAAAUCUUGGUGUAAAAGUGUGCGCCAAAAAAGAGAAAGGAAAAAAGAGAAAGAAACGAAGAAACAGACUCUGACCUCGGAAAGGCAUGGUACCCCAAAAUACAUGAUUUAGUAUUAUAGUUUUAUUAUUAAACUAGAAGAUAAAAAACCGACGAGAGACAUCCACUCACAGAUAUACAUAUAUAUUACGUAUAAGAGUAUAUAUGUUAAAUAUUAAUGCAAUGAUUACGAUUUACAUUGUUAUGAAUGAACGUGUAUAAAGUUAUCUAAGUGACUUCUAAGUUUUAACGAAAAACGGAAGUUUGAGAGAAAUAUGCCAUUAUGACUUUUUAAGUAUCGUGAAUUACAUUAUUCAUAUUAUAUUUGUUUUUAAUAUUCAGAAUUAAAUCACAAAGAGAGAGAGAGCAUCGCGUAUCAGUAUACGUUUCUUUAAGCUCUACUGUGGAACUGCUUUUCUUACUUGUAUCACGCAAGCGUUUUUACCGCUGUGAGAAUUUUCGCUGCAGCGAUCGCUGAUCUUCGACGCUAGCGGUCGCUAACAAAGAGAAGGAUCACUUUUAUACAUUUUUAAGAUGCGAUCUUUUAAAGCACACUUACCGGAUGUGCAAACCCACCCACUCUUAUUAGGCAGCGACACUUUAGGUUUAGAGGGAUGUGUUUGUAUUCCUUAUAAUCGCCUUACUUUAUAUUCUAAGAUCGUUUUCUAUAGUUCUUACUGAUCAAUAAUUUUUCUUAUUUAGUGUACUUUGUUUGUUUUUAUGUUUCUAUUACACUUAUACAGAGCAAUGUAUCAGAUUAUAUUAAUUAUUGAAUGAUAAAGGAAUAGGUCACCAUCAUGGGAUAUAGCUACGUGAUAGAGUCUUACAUUCUUCUUGAAAUCAAUUGAAUCGACCUCGGGAUUUUUUCAGAACUAUAUCGAGCUUCAUUUUUUAAAAAAUCAAGAAUUUUACGGCGGCUUCCUUCAGUGCAAAACAUUGAUCCGACUUGUGCGUUGUACCAUCGUAUAAUUUUGACGCUGCUUUGCGCAUCUCCGCGAGUUAAAACUAUUUUUCAGAGCGUUAACAAGUGGCCAGCGUCCCACUGCAAAAAACUAAAAAAAAGCGUUUCGUACUUAAUAAUUAUAAUUUACCUGUUUUUUUUGUGACACACAUGGACCAUGAAAAACGUGUAUAGAGAUCAUCCAUAUACUCAAUGACAAUUCUUCUAAACGAGUAGAGGACCGCAAUCAACUUUAUUUAAUCGCAUCUCUCAUAUAGAUUAUUAUGCGUAAAUACAUUAAAAUUUUUUACUUUAGUUAAUAUUAUUAUUAUCGUGUAUUCUUACUUUAAUUAAUUUUUACGGAACAAGUGGCAAUGUAUUUUGAUCUCUCUUUUAGUCAGAAAUGUGUCGCUUUUUAUUUGGGUUGAGAAGUAAAUUUAUUAUGUGAUUAGCUGGAGCAGGAAGAAAUUUAUAUUUAAUCGACAUGCGGAUGUGUUUAUUUUUUUGAAAAAAUGGCAGCUUUUUCGUAUUUUUUACUUAUUGUUACCGUUUUCUUUUUUCUUUUUAAGCUUAGUGCCCAUUUGAGAGGAAACGAGUAAAAUAAGAAAAUAGGAGUAGAUAGGAGAAUGACUAUCUAUACUAUCCGAGCAAUAGCUCUAUUUGUAACAAAAAUUGUGUCGAAAAAUGAUGUCCGACAGUAUUCCUCUCAAAUGAACACUAGCCAAUAUGAUUGUAUCGUUUUUUUUUAUUACUUAUAAUAGUGAUAUCUUCUGUCAAUGUAAAUUGUGAUUUCGUAAAAUCUCGCAUGCAUAUCAAAUUGGAAUGGUAACCACGGUUAUAUAUGUUACAUAUAUUCUCGCGAAUAAUUCUUGCGCUAUUUAUAUACAUUUAAAGGACAAAUUUUCGUUUCUUAUUACUUAUCAUCAUAAUUAUAAUUACAACGCAUAGUUAUAAUUACAAAAUAUGUAAUGAUUCCAGGAUAUUACGUUUCCUAACAAAAAUGUGACGAUAUCUCGUGGUUACAUAUUUUAAUAAUGCGCGCGUUUUCCAUAACUGUAUGCAAUACGUUUCAAAUAUACUCACAGAAAUUUAGUUCACUCAUAUAAAUCUUUCGUACCAGGAUACAGAAGAGAGAUGGAUAGAGAACACAAAAUUGAAAAAAAAGCAGCACCGACACUAAUAUUAUUAACAUUUACGCGUAAUGAUUUAAAAAUAAGCGAAUUACAUUUGUAAGGAAAGAUUAUGAAAAUAUAUAUUUAUCUAUGUCUUCUGUGAAGAUAGAAAAAUAGUACUCUCUCACUCUAUAUUGAUAAUAUUGGAAAACUCGAGGCCCGACAAAAAAAAGAAUACAAAAUACAGAAGUAGAUUAAGAAAAAGAGGAAAAGAGACAACUCGCACUGUACACAAUACAUACGAUAUGAUCGAUCGAUUGACUCAGAUUUGUUAAAUAUCUUUGUACAUAUUUACACAAAGACCAUGAGAAAUCGUUCAAGUUCCAACAGCUACAUUUUGGUAAUAAGUUCUCCUGCGAGAAAUAAAACUGUUUUGCUUGCAGCUCGUUACGAAUACAGUUCCACACAUUUUGAAAUUGAAAUUCAAACGUAAAAACUCUUCAUUGAUAUUUUCAUAGAGAUCAACACCUUGAUCUCUUACAGAUGCAAUACUCGAAUAGGCGUUUAUAUACAAUUUUUGUUAACGCGUUCUAUUUUUGUUUAUUGCGUUUAUUUCGUUUAUUAGUAUCAUGUGGCUAAACAGCAUAUGUGCAUAUAAUAAACUACAUUCAUCGAGCUACAUUCGAACUACAUUCAAAUUUAUUGUGUUCCAGUUUAUUUGUCUACCUUACGUGGUGAUUUGUACUAAACACAAAAUAUAUAAAUGUCUUAUUC